UUGUGUUGAUUGUAAAGCGUGAUAGCAGCAGGAAGGAAGGACGUCUGGUUUCUCUCCUUCACACACGACGAGUGCAGCAGCCCGUGACCGAAGGAGCUCUUCGUGAAGCCUGCAUGCGACAGAUCGGUUUCAUGGGACAUAUUUGAGCUUUCUUGAAGUCCUUCUGCGUUGUAGUUUUUCCGUUGAAGACCUACGUCAGUGACGGUUGGAUUCUCUGAGUCUUUUCCUCCACCCUUAUGAAUUGUCCUUCCCGUCUCUCCUUGAUCAAAGUGACGUUUGUCCAUCGAGCUCAAGGAAAGGUGGUUAGGAAUAGGUGUUAGGAGACUUUUCAGACAAGGUCAGGGGAGGUCACCGCAGGGAAGGCCCUAAAAUGUCAGGAAAGCAAAGCGGGCGAAGGAAUGUGAGAUGGAGCUGAGCGGCAUUGUCUCUCUUUUAUUAUACUUUCUUUCUUUUUUUACAUUCUACAAUAUAUUCUGACGUUCACGCAUAGUUUGAAAAACAUUUGUUUAUUUCAACACGGGGGUUUACAGACGACCAGCAGCUCAUGCAUGAUAAUUAUCUAAAGAGGAAGCAAGACUUUUAUUUUUAUCCCCUCAUACAAAUACAAGUUUUCUUUCGAGACCACAUCCCUCCUUCGAAUAACUGACAACGUUUACCAGAAAUGAGCGGAGCGGCGAUGAGGUUAACGGCGGCCACAAGUGGGUUUGUCAUCUUCCUUCUGUUUACAUCAGUGAUUCAGGCUCAGAGUGACUGGGGAGUGAUUUACCACCCCACUAAGAUCUGUGCCUUAAAAGGAUCAACAGUGAACUUACUCUGCAGCUUCACCCCUCCCUCCAAAACAGAUGACGGCGAUACAACACUCGAGAGAGCUUUCUGGUUUACUCAAAGGUUGUAUCGAGAACCGGUGGAUCUGAGAACAGAACCAGACUACGCAGGUCGAGUGCAGUACAGUCAUCACAACGGCGUCUGCAAUCUGACAAUCGCUGACCUGAGAGAGAGCGACUCGGCCGUGUACAAGUUCAGGCUCACGACGGACCGACCGGAUUGGAGACACACCGGCGAACCCGGAGUCACUUUGUCGGUCACAGGUUUCCAGGUGCAGAAAAGACAAUUUUCAUCAUGUGUAAUAGCCAGCUGUAAGUGGGCUCACCUGAAGUGUCACAGCAGUUGUCUUCCAACUUAUCAAACGUCCUUCAGCUGGUACAAGAACGGAGUGAAAAUGCAGACAGAAAAGGAAUCUUUUUAUGACAACUUUUAUCCCGCGGACAGCUAUUCCUGCGCCGCGAGAGGAUUUGAGGCGUUCGUGUCUCCGUCGUCGUGCGUUACUGGUCAAUACUGCAACAGAGUGACGUACGCCGAGAGAAGAGUCUGCGCCUUCAAAGGCUCGUCGGUAAACCUUUCUUGCAAAUAUCAGGGUUAUGAAUAUAUCGCAUCUAAAUUCUGGUUCAACCCUGAGCGCAGUCUUGUUUUGCGGUAUCGCACUCAACAUAAGGACCUGAGCAAAGACCCCCGGUAUGAAGGUCGCGUUAAGGUUGUUGAAACAAAGGGAGGACGCUCCACUCUGACCAUCACCGACCUGAGAGAGAGCGAUUCAGACGAGUACCUCUUCAAGUUCAACACCCCGAGCUUUGAAUGGAGGAGCGGUUUACCUGGUACGACUCUGACCGUCACAGGUACGGACGAGCACACACUCAUCGUGCAGGUAAUGUAGUAGAAGUGUCAGUAUUCAUCACGAGGAUUAUGUGCUGAUUAAAGGUGCUUUGACAUAAACACCUUCUAUAGAGAUUAUUGUUUGGGACUAAUCUACGACAUGAAACAUGAGCACAUCAACGCCCCCUAAUCUGACCCCCUCCUCUUCUCUACCCAGAGCUUCUUUUGCUUUUAUUUGUAGUGGCUGGCUCGUCAGCUAGCUAACGAGAGCUCGCUAAUCCCACCAUGUUAUCAUGCUAAUGUUAUACUGGUCACAGAGAAGGAUGGUGGGUCCCUUCCGCUGGGAGACGGCAGCCAGCAGGAGAGCAGACGGCCGCUCCGGACAUGGCGGC